CGGAUGGUGUCACGAGAAUUUGUUCACGAUCUCUUCCUGUAAAUGGUUCCGCCGUGGUGUGAAUCGCGCGACAACUGUAUUAUCUUCCAUGUUGAAUUAUGUUUUAAUUAUUUUAAAAACGAUUUAGACUUUAACAGUAUUACAGGCGUUUAACAGCAAGUUCACUUAUUCAUAUUCAUCGUGACUGUCGGUUUUUCUUGGACACUGAUCGCACGAGGAAAAGUCGAGAUGGAUGGCUUGGCUGUAGCUCAAGGAUAGGGCGAUCAGGGGAUUAGUACGGAAGGAUGCCACACGCUGACAUAGUCUGGAACUCUAGGAACCGGCUGGCCCCUGUGAGUGGUGACGUAGCCGAUCACUGGUUGUUUCGGAGGAGACAGAAAAGAUGCCCUUUGACCUCUUUAAAUCACUGCAGUAAACCGAGACAACACGCCUGACUACUUCACAGCUGUUACAUUGAGGACCUUAAAGACAUUGAAAUCCAAAAAAAACAAAAAAUGAAUAUUCUCUCUGCUAUAAUUGUGUUUGAGAACCUCCAUGAGGUCAAAAGGCUUUUCCACUGGGGUCCGAUCAUCGCUCUGACGGUCAUUGGCGUGUGCUCCUCCAUGGCCAUACUAGACUCCAUAAUCUGGUACUGGCCAUUGGACACCACUGGAGGCAGCAUCAACUUCAUCAUGCUCAUUAACUGGACUGUCCUCAUUCUUUACAACUACUUUAAUGCCAUGUUUGUCGGCCCUGGUUACAUACCUCUGGAGUGGAAACCGGAGAAUCAACAAGAUGUAAUGUACUUACAGUUCUGUAAAUUGUGCCAAGGCUAUAAAGCCCCAAGGUCGCAUCACUGUCGCAAGUGUAACAGGUGUGUGAUGAAGAUGGAUCAUCAUUGUCCCUGGAUCAACAACUGUUGUGGUCACAUGAAUCAUGCAUACUUCACGAGCUUUCUCCUGCUCGCUCCACUGGGCUGCAUACAUGCCGCACUAAUAUUUAUCAUGACUACGUACACUCAACUUUAUGAUCGGAUCUCAUUUGGUUGGAGCUCAGUGAAGAUUGACAUGAGCGCUGCUCGGCACAUCCACAAUCCCAUCAUGCCUUUCAGCAUUGCAGCAUUUGCAGCCACUCUUUUUGCACUUGGACUGGCGCUGGGGACCACUAUUGCUGUUGGGAUGUUGUUUUUUAUUCAGAUGAAGGUGAUUCUUCGAAACAAAACCUCAAUAGAAGCAUGGAUUGAGGAGAAAGCCAAAGACAGAAUCCAAUACUACCAAACAGGUGAAGACUUCAUCUUCCCCUAUGACCUGGGCAGCCGAUGGGAGAACUUCAAGCAGGUGUUCACAUGGUCUGGUAGCCCCAUGGGAGAUGGAAUCGAAUGGCCUGUGCAUGAGAAGUGUAACCAAUAUACUCUAACUAUUGAGCAGCUGAAGCAAAAACACGAUAAACGUCAGAGGAGUGUGGAGUACAGAGUGGUGGAGGACUACAAUGGGGCUUGUUGUCCUUUGGGAAAGGGACUAAACACUUUCUUUAGGACACCUUGUACAGAGGAACCCAGAAUCAAACUCACAAAAGGGGAGAUGAUCUUUGCUACAAGAGGAACAAAGUGGUGGAUGUAUGGGGACAAAGUUCUGAAUGAGGAACAGGCUAAAGCUGAAGUUCGUAUUAGAGGAUGGUUUCCACGCAGAUGUGUCGAGAAGUGUCACUAUGACUCCGCGAAUAAUUCCACAAGUGAAGAAAAGAAAGAGCAAUGAUACAGAAUUGUACAUUUCACAGCUCGCUUUGAACAGAGGACCUAAUAUAAGGGCCUGAACCCUGCUGAGAUGCAAAUAUCUUUCUGAUUCUUUUGUAAAGCUGUUCAAUGGCACCAGCGCUUAGUGUUGAAGCAAACUGAUACUGACACCCCAAAGUUAUUAACUUUGUGUAACUUAAUAACAUUUCGUUUCCAAAGAACACCUGCCAGAGAAACAUGAGAGUUUAGAAAAAAAAAAAAAAAAAAAAAAAAUGGGAUUGAGGCAUAUGGCAGCAUAUUCUUUAAAGGGGGUUAUUAAGAUGUUUACUUGAAACUUAUUCUUGCCUUUCUCUUUCGCUUGCUCUCUCUCGUAUAUUGAUGCCCACACUGAUUAUGCAAAGCCUUUUUCCAGUUGUAACAAAGUCUUUGUCAUGCAAAUUUUCUGAAUUGUUUAUAUAGUUGGAAAUAAUUUUACUUUAUUUUUGAUGGCUUUUUUUUUUUUUUUUUUUGGUAAAACUGAUGUCAACCUCAAGUUUUCAGAGACAAAUAAACAACCAUGAUCUGUAAAAUAAUUUCUUAAUUUUAUUUCCUUCGUAUUUUUAAUGGAAAGCAACAACAAAAUUAGUUUCUACUCCACAAAGCACAUAUAUGUAAAUAUAAUUGUUUGUUUCAUUGAUGUAUUAAUGUUUUCACAUUUUCUUCCUUGGGGAAAAAAUAAAUUAACAUUCUUUGGUAUUCAUUAAAA